AUGGUGAACAAUUUGAGUAAAGCCAUAUUAAAUGGAGAUUUUGAUGAAUCUUCAUCAUCUGAUGAUGAUAUCAUCAUGAUGCAACUAUUCACAGCGCAACAACAAAGAUUACAGAUGUUAAGCCUAAACCAACAAACCAGACGUGUUAGUUCCACAAGUGGUCGUCGAUACAUUAAUCGUGAGAGCGUCAAAGGCGACGAACAAAUUUAUAGAGAUUAUUUUGCAGAUAAUCCUGUCUAUCCAGAAGAAUACUUCCGAAGACGUUUUCGAAUGAGGCGGUCAUUAUCAAUUGUUGCUACCUAUGAAGCCGUUUACUUAAGAUCUCCAAAUGAAGCAGAUGUCGCCAGAUUAUUGCAAGAGGGAGAGCAACGCGGUUUUCCUGGAAUGUCGCCUUUAUUUGCUGAAUUAACUAGAGGACGUGCCCCAGCUGCCAACUACACCAUCAAUAAUCACGCAUACACCAUGGGGUGUUAUCUUACUGAUGGUAUCUAUCCUCGUUGGGCAACGAUUGUGAAAACAAUAUCUCAACCUCAAGGCGCAAAGAGACAACUAUUUGCGAGGAUGCAAGAGGCAUGUCUGAAAGAUGUUGAAAGGGCAUUUGGAGUGCUCCAAGCACGAUUUAAUAUUAUCAGCGUGCCAGCUAGAAGUUGGAGUGAUGAGGAUCUGUACUACAUCAUGAAGAAGUGCAUUAUUUUGCACAACAUGAUCAUUGAAGACGAGCGUGAUAUUCCAGAAAAUGAACGCAGUGCAGCACAACUUGAGACUGAUACCAGUAAUUUGGGCUGUCAAGUGUCACGCAAUCCGAAUGAGGAGUAUGCUCAAUUUAUGUUGAAUUGA